AUGCCUGCUGAACACACCUACUAUUACAACAUUCUGCAUGUGCCUAGGAAUGCAUCACAGAUGGAGAUAAAGAAAGCCUAUAAGAAGCAAGCGUUGAAGUGGCAUCCUGAUAAGAACCCUGCUGCUAGUCGUGAGACUGCUGAGAAGAUGUUCAAGGAGGUAGCUGAGGCUUAUGGGGUCCUCAGUGACCCAGAGAAGAAGCGCAUAUACGAUGUAUACGGCAAGAGGGGUCUGGAGAGGGGUGCUGGCUCUACUACAUCAACUGCCUCGGCGAGGGGUCAUGGAGGAUACCAUCAUUUCGAUAUGAAUGAUGCCUUCUCGGUCUUCGAACACUUCUUCGGUAGUCGCGAUCCCUGGGAGCAGUUUGAGGAUAUGGUCAAUGGCAAUCUACAGAGAACGAUGAGUUUUGGAAGGAGCGGUAGUGCAAUGGGAAUGUCUGCCUUCAAUGAUCCCUUCUUCUCACAAGCAUUCGGUGGUCGAAGCUCCUCACGGAGGACCAACUUUGCUAAUUUCGGGAGCAGUGUCAGCUCUGACAGCUUUGCUAGGUCUACCACUUGGAAUGCAGGUGGAAAUAUGAGCUCCGGGAUGAGCCAAAGUACAUCCACUACUACUCGAUCUGUGAACGGCCAUACUGUGACUAUCACUGAGAAACAAAUACGCCAUCCCGACGGCAGAAUUCACAGGUCAGUCACAGAGAAACGAUACGAUCCGCGUACAGGGCAGACUCAAGAGCGUUCGAUCGAUGAUACAGGUGACAUGUCUAGAGGGUCACAGAGGUCUACUGUUAACAAGCGCUUGGCCUAUGCAUGA